AGACAAUUUUCACUAUCGAAUGUCGUGAUCACAACAUCAAAUCAUCAAUUACAAUCUUACGAACCUAAAUCAUUCUUCUGUUUUAUAAGAAGACUUAAAAUUGAACAGAUUGUAUGUUCAUAUCAGCCCGCGUCACAUCAAGUAGUUGUUCUACUUAAUACACGAUAUUUAAGAAAAAAAAUAAAAUAAAAAUAAAUAAAAUUAUAAGUUAUAUUAACUCUUCCUUACUGUCCAUCUACAGUUCCUUGUGCUGUGAAUCGUCUAGAUUAAGGAUACCAUCGAAUGAAGAAAAAUGAAUAGACAAAUGAACAAUUUUAACUUUUUUUCAACAUUAUCACCUAGCAUUAAACUAAUAACAGUUAUAACUCUGUUUGGAUACCUUCUUUCGUUUUCUGAGACAGCUAUUAAUGCACUUUCAGUUAUUCCUGGUAAUUUACUUCCCUCAACGUUUGCUAUUUGGACUGCAUUUACAUUUUGUUUCUUGGAAAUUCACAUUUGGGAAGUGAUAAUUGACAUUGUUUGUGUGACUUUAUGCUUAAAACUUAUAGAGCCAUUAUGGGAUCAAGUCCAGAUUUUUGCAUUUUUUGCCGUUGUUAAUUUUAGUGUUGCAGUUUUAUCAAGUUUAUAUUACUUACUGCUUUAUUCAAUCACCAAGAAUACCGAGAUUCUGUUUGAUGUAAAAAUUCACGGUCUCAUUGGAUUCUUAGCUGGACUAUGUGUAGCAAUAAUGCUUGUUAUGCCUAAUUUAUUAAUUGCAAAAACACCCUACUUUGGAAACUUUACUAAUAGAAAUUUACCAUUAACUUUUAUGAUUAUCAGCAUAAUAUUAUGGGCAUUAAAUCUUAUUAGUGGAACGUAUCCAGUGAUGUUUUGUAGUGGCUUAUUCUCCUCAUUCAUAUACUUACGAUUCUAUCAAAGACAUUCGAAUGGAAUACGUGGAACAAAUUCUGAAUCAUUUAUAUUUGCUAAUUUUUUUCCUACUUCAAUCCAGCCAGUAAUAAAUUUAUUAGUCAAUCCUAUUUAUAAACUGAGUCUCAAUGUUGGAAUCGUUAAGCAUCAGCCUAUUAUCCCACUUAAUCAUAGCUCCAGUGAUAUGCGCUCCCUGACAAUGUCUAUAACACCGUCUGAUCAGCAAGACAAUGAGAGAAGACGAGCAAUUGCAUUAAAAGCGUUAAACGAGAGGUGGAAAGCACUAAAUGCUGGAGAUACUAAUAAAUCGCAACUACCAAAGUCAUUUCCUCAAACGAAUGUGUCUUCAAAGUCACAAUCAUCACAUCAUAGUCAUCAUGGACAUAGUCACAGUCAUCAGCAUGAGAGAAAAGUUAUUCCAAAGUUUAAUAUUGAUGAAUUAAUAAAACCUAUUCCUUUGCCACCUCCUCCAUCAAUGAUGCAAUCAUCGCCAUCAGAGACAAGCGAUGCACAAAAGUGAAUCCAAUUUGCUUUAGGUAUUAAUUAAAUUAACUGAAAAUAAUUAUGUAUAAAGUUUUUAAACAAAGUGUAAAUAAACUGAUGAUUCAAAAGUACUGC